AUGAGUUCAAGAACUGGAGCCUUAAUUUUGCUCCUGAUCUUGUUUUUCUUCCGGAUUUUUUAUGUGUCUGCUUAUACAUAUGGUCAAGACGCUACUGCUUUACUAUCCCUGAAAAGAGCUUUUGCCAAGCCUCCAAAAAAUUGGAAAGGCGUUGAUCCUUGUCAUGAACCGGUAUGGGUUGGAAUCACAUGUAUUAGUAACCGCGUUGUUAACAUAUCACUAGGCAACCUUAACUUGGAAGGAAAGCUUCCUGCCACAAUUUCAACGUUUUCUGAAUUGAUAUCCUUGGAUUUGACAUCAAAUCCUAAGUUAACUGGACCGCUUCCACCAGAUAUCGGUAACCUCAAGAAGUUAAAAGAGUUAAGUCUUAUGGGAUGUGGUUUCAGUGGUCAAAUCCCUGAGUCCAUAGGAACUCUUGAACAGCUUAUAAGACUCUCCCUGAAUUCAAAUAAAUUCAGUGGAACAAUCCCGGCUUCCAUGGGACGGUUAUCAAAGCUAUAUUGGUUCGAUAUAGCUGACAAUCAGAUCGAAGGAGAGCUUCCGGUUUCUAAUGGGACUACUUCACCUGGACUUGACAUGCUUCUUGAAGCUGGGCAUUUUCAUUUUGGGAAAAACAAGCUUUCAGGGAAGAUACCAAAUGAACUCUUUACCUCAAAAAUGAUUUUGAAACAUGUGUUAUUCGAUGGAAACCUAUUCACAGGUGGAAUCCCAGACAGCCUCAGCAGCCUUGUUACAACGUUGGAAGUGUUACGCCUUGAUAGGAAUAGACUAAGUGGAGAAAUUCCUACAAGUCUCAAUAAUCUCACAAAUCUUCAAGAACUGUAUUUGUCCGACAACAAAUUCACGGGUAGUAUUCCAGAUUUAUCCAACUUAACUAAGCUCAAGACUUUAGAUGUGAGCAAUAACCGAUUUACGUCCUCACUCAUUCCAUCAUGGAUUCCUUCAUUACGGUCAUUGUCAACAUUAAGAAUGGAAGGGAUCCAACUUCAAGGUCAAAUACCAAUCUUCCUCUUCAUCCCUCCACUAAAUUUGGCGACACUUGUCUUAAAGCGCAAUUGGCUAAACGCGACACUGGACUUUGGUACCAGCCAAAGUUUACGGUUUGUGGAUCUACAAAACAAUGACAUAACUGAGUAUAAGCAACCAGUUAGGAAAAAUCUUCAAGUAAUCUUGGCAAACAAUCCUGUAUGUCCAGAGGUGGAGAACCCACCAAAAGAAUAUUGCAAAGAAGUCAAACAAAAUUCCUCAUAUGCUUCCCCUAGAAGAUCCUGUCGUGAUUGUGGCGAGGAUAGGGAACCGAAUCCCGAUACGUGCCGCUGUGAGUAUCCAGCCACAGGAAUACUCACCUUUAGGUCGCCUUCAUUCACAGAGUUUUCAGACAACGACACCUUCAAAACUCUUUGGGAGAACCUAAUAGUUUUAUUUAAAAAUUCUAAAGAUCCAGUAGAGACAGUGGCCAUAGGAAGCAUAGGAGAGGAUGAAAUAGAUCAUCAUCUUCUAGUAAAUCUCUCGAUCUUUCCAUCGGGCAAAGAUAGGUUUGAUCAGUCCGGAAUGGAAAGUGUUAUUUCCAUUUUUAGCACGCAGACUUUUAAACCUCCUAGCGGAUUUGGCCCUUACAUAUUCAAAGCCAACGAGUACGACUUCCCGGAUGAUAAAGGUCUUAAGUCAUCACACAUCAUUGGAGCUGUAGUUGGUUCUUCUGUUUUUCUAUUGAUGCUAAUGAUAGCUGGGAUUUAUGCUCUCAAGCAGAAGAAGAGAGCAGAGAGAGCAAAUGAUCAAAUCAAUCCUUUUGCCAAGUGGGAUGUGAAUCAGAACAGUGUCGAUGCUCCGCAACUAAUGGGAGUAAAAGCAUUUUCAUUUGAAGAUAUGAGGAAAUGCGCAAACAACUUUUCAAUGGCAAAUGAUGUCGGAGGUGGAGGUUAUGGCCAGGUGUACAAAGGUAUUCUUCCCUCUGGCCAAAAAAUAGCAAUUAAAAGAGCUCAACCAGGAUCGUUGCAAGGAGCCUUGGAGUUUAAAACUGAGAUUGAGCUUCUUUCAAGGGUCCAUCACAAAAACGUUGUCAAACUCUUAGGCUUUUGCUUCGAUCGAGGAGAACAAAUGCUCGUAUACGAGUACAUUCCAAAUGGUUCUCUUAGAGAUAGUCUAUCAGGGAAAAAUGGGAUUAGACUUGAUUGGACAAGAAGGCUUAGAAUAGCACUUGGAUCAGGGAAAGGCUUGGCUUAUCUUCAUGAGCUUGCUGAUCCUCCAAUUAUACACAGAGACGUCAAAUCAAGUAAUAUAUUACUUGAUGAAAGUCUCGCUGCAAAGGUUGCUGACUUUGGCCUCUCCCAACUAGUGGAAGAAGCUGAGAAAGCUAAUGUUACAGCCGCAGUGAAAGGAACCAUGGGAUACUUGGAUCCUGAGUACUACAUGACCAAUCAAUUGACAGAGAAGAGUGAUGUGUAUGGGUUUGGUGUUAUGAUGCUUGAGCUAUUAACCGGUGAGAUUCCGAUAGUUAAUGGUAAAUAUGUGGUGAAAGAGGUGAAGAUGAAGAUGAACAAAUCUAAGAAAUUGUAUGACCUACAAGAACUGUUGGACUCUACGAUCAUUGCAGCCAACGAGAAUCUUAAAGGAUUCGAAAAGUAUGUAGACUUGGCUCUAAUAUGCGUAGAACCAGAAGGUGUGAACAGGCCCUCUAUGAAUGAGGUUGUGAAAGAGAUUGAGUACAUAAUGUACCAUGCAGGAAUAAAUCCUAACGUAGAUUCAGCUGCUAGUUCAAGAACGUUUGAUGAAGCAAGCAAAGGAUCUGGUGAUCUUUAUAGGAACAACUCGUUUGAGUACAGUGCAAGUUUCCCAACUGCAAAACUCGAACCACAUUGAUUAGUUUAUGGGAUUGUUUAUUUAUUUAUCUGGAUGCUACACCAAAAUGCUACGAUUUAUGCUAUGAGAGCUUCAUAUGUCAAAAUUGGCUACAACUCCUAGAUGUAUAUGAGAAGAAAUGAAAAAAGAAAGGGUUUCUCUGCUGAAUAAUACUUUUAUUGGAUC